AAAUCCCACGACGAGAAGCACUCCAACAAUGGCGACAUGAUUCGCGACAUCACCAUUGGGUUUGCCGAUGGCCUUACGGUCCCUUUUGCCCUGACUGCCGGCCUGUCGUCCCUGGGAAGCACCAAGCUUGUCGUUAUUGGCGGUCUGGCUGAGCUGUUCUCUGGUAUGAUCAGUAUGGGCCUGGGCGCGUACCUGGCCGCCGCCACGGAGCGUCAGCACUGGGAGGCCGAGUACCAGCGCGAGGCCUGGGAGGUGGACCACUGCUUCGACCGCGAGCGCGAGGAGAUCUUUGAGAUCUUUGACCGGUACGGCAUCUCGCGCGAGGGCGCCCGCGGCGUGGUCAACGAGCUGUGCGUCAGCCACCCCAAGGGAAAAGAGCGCUGGGUCCGCUUCAUGAUGGACUUUGAGCUGCAGCUGCAGGAGCCUGACACCAGCGCCGCCUGGAAGUCCGCCGCCACCAUGGGCCUGGCCUAUUUCGUCGGUGGCCUUGUGCCCAUGAUUCCUUACUUUAUCAUGGCUCGUGCCCAGGAGGCUCUGUUUGUGAGCAUCGCCAUUACUGUUGUGAUUCUGCUGCUGUUUGGUUACAUCAAGAGCUGGGUCACGAUUCGCACCACCAAGGCCGGCAUCUGGGGUGCCGUUCAGACGCUGCUGAUCGGCGCCGCGGCUGCUGCCACGAGCUAUGUCAUCGUGCGGCUAUUGGAUUCU